AUGGUUUGCUUGGUAUAUUACCUUAGUAUAUUAUGUUUACCCGGAGAAAAGGCAACUUGCGAAUUUUCGAAAAAUGCCAGAAACGACGAACUAUCCAGCUGUACGCUAAAGUACAAUAAUAAUAAAGUAGAUUGGAUAAACGGGAAUUAUUUCCUACAAAAAACGCUUUUGUUGGUGCAGUUAGGUAAUGGUGAUUUCUUUUUUUUUUUUAGUUCGAAAAGUAAUAUUGAAAUGUGGUACUAUUUGCAGUACUGCCUGAUAACUGGAUUAUAUAUGCUUGAACCGUGGGAAAGGGCAGUCUUUAAUAUUUUUGUUUUAGUGAUAUUUACUGUGCUUUUUGCCAUUAUUUAUACUGUUUUAUCCCUUUAA